GCUUUUCAUUUGAAUUUCAAAUUGUAAGUCUUAAAACGAUCGCAAUAAAGUUUUAGCUUUUUUCGGUUUCUAUUCGAGUUACUGCUCUAGGUUCUUCGUUCUCAUACUGCGUCCGCCAUGGGAGAACCUACUUGUGUUGUGAAUCCUUUCUCUUAUGCUUCUGGCUUAUCCAAUGAAGCUCAUCAGGGAAACCCCAUGCCUGCUCUUGGAGAGUCUAUCUCUUUUGGAAGGUUCAUGUCGGAGUCCUUGGCUUGGGAAAAAUGGUCCACAUUCUCUCACAAUCGCUACGUUGAAGAGGCCGAGAGGUAUGCGCAACCAGGCUCAGUUGCCCAGAAGAAGGCUUUCUUUGAAGCUCAUUACAAGAGAAUUGCUGCCAAGAAGGCAGCAGCCUUGCUCGAGGAACAAAAUGCUGUCAGUAACAACAUUGGUGCAGAAAUUGAAGGUGGAGUUCGUGAUAGUACCACCCAUGAUUCACAAACAGUGGAUUUGAAUUCCCAAGUGGCUGUUGAUGAACACGAGGCGGCCAAGACCCAAGUUACUGAGGUGGAAUUCACCGGCAAGGCGGAUGUAUAUGAUUCGAAUGUUGUACUAGUUGAACCAGAAAAUGGCAAGAUGGAAGGAGCUGAUUUGGUCACAACAAACGAGGAUCUAGGAGCAAAUCCCACAAAGGACGAGUUAUAUAACCAGCUUGAGAAUCAGAAAAUGGGUUCUGGGGAGCUUAUUGGAACACCACAAAUGGAGAAACCUCUGUUGAAGAGUUCCAGAUCUAAUCAAGAGGCUUCCUCCCCUGUGAGCAAGAAGAAACCAUUUAUGUCUUCCUUGAAGUCAUCAAUUUGCCAUAGACCAUCUAAAGUUCCAUUUUCUCCUGCCAAGACCGCGGUUACUAUUCAUGCCCGGAAAGAGAACAUCGCUCCAACACCUAGGAAGCCUGCAAUAGACUCUAUAGACAAAAAUGGACCAACUCCAAAAUCACUACGUUCAUUAAUUAACUUUACUCCGUCCAGGGAACCUAAUAAAUUUACUAACCCGGGUAGCCGGAUGACAGAAAGUUCAAGAGUUGCUCUUAGUGCUUCUAAGGCAACUAAAGAUUGUGAAACUCCUCUAAGGACUCCAAAAAUGGUUUCUGUGAAUGGAGUGCCAAAGCAUCCUUCAGCAACCCCCUGUUCAGAAAAUAGAAGGAUCAAAACACCAGUUGAUCCCACAGCCUCUGGAAGCAAACCAUCUGGCCCAAAAUGGCAACUCCUAUCUGCAGUUUAUACCAAGUCCGUGAGUGCCUGCCGAAAAAAAUUACAGUCUCCCACUUUGUCCACUCCAUUUACUUUGAGGACAGAGGAAAGAGCUGCAAGAAGAAAGCAGAAGCUUGAAGAGAGGUUCAAUGCCAAGGAGGCACAAAAAGUGCAGCUGCAAACAAAAUUAAAGGAAAAAGCAGAAACAGAACUUAGAAAACUGCGCAAAAGCUUCUGCUUCAAAGCUCGGCCAUUGCCUGAUUUUUACAAGGAAAGAGACAUACCAAAAAAUCAGAUAAAGCAGACUCAGCUGACUCAUCCUCAGUCACCUAAACUAGGAAGAAAGCCCAGUGAAGCUCAGUGCAAAGCACAGUCGCACAAACUCCAACGUCUUUGAGCAAGAACAUUGGUUCUGAGAGUGUGUUGGAAAAGAAAAGUAGAAAACCCCACUCCUUCUCUCGCUGCCCAACAAGAAAUGAUUAUGCACGAGAACACUUCUGCUUCACUGUGGGUGCUAAAUUGGGUAUCACAAUUGAGGAGGCUGGACACCAGAAAUUAAAUACAGAGAUUGUUUUCCGGCUUCCUGUCAGCAGUAGUAUGGAAGCAUUGUUACAUUUCGUGGUUUGUACCUUAGAAGAGUUAGUUUAUGAGAAACUGUACUAAGGAGCAUACUAUUUGUUAUGGGAAUAUAAACCUGUCCGUACAUUACAAGAUGCUGCAGGGUAGUUAACCAGUCCAUCUGUGGAGGUACUCAAAACAUGACCAAAGGAACUAUAGAUGGGCAUUUGAGGUCCUAUAUACAUUAUGUCUAGAUUGAAGACCUUUUAUCUUGGGCAAGUUAUUUUAGUUUACAAAUCAAACCAAAAACGCCUCUUCAUCCACUCAGUUGAUGAGUUCCAGA